ACAUAAAAUCCGUCAACAAAGUCAGACCCGAACCACGAACCAAAGUACCAAAACGCGUUCUCAAUCGAUCAUAGAGUACUGAAUGGACGGAGGAGCAGCGGUGGCCACCACCGCGGCCGGAGGCGGAGGUGGACCGGCGCCGUUCCUCUUGAAGACGUAUGAGAUGGUUGAUGACUCGACGACGGACGACAUCGUAUCGUGGAGCGGGAGCACGAAGAGCUUCGUGGUGUGGAACCCACCGGAAUUCGCACGCCUCCUUCUUCCCUCCUACUUCAAACACAAUAACUUCUCCAGCUUCAUCCGCCAGCUCAACACCUAUGGAUUUAGGAAAAUUGAUCCGGAAAAAUGGGAAUUUUCUAAUGAAGAAUUUGUGAAAGGUCAAAAACAUCUUCUAAAGAAUAUCCAUCGCAGAAAGCCUAUACACAGCCACAGUCAACCUCAAGGUUCUGUUGAUCCGGAAAGAGCAGCAUUUGAGGAAGAAAUUGAGAAGUUGUCACUUGAAAAGACUAAUCUUGAAGGAGAUAUUUUGGGAUUUGAACAACAGCAGUCUGCUGCAAAGCUCGAGUUGGAAAGCCUAAAACAACGUAUAAGUAGCAUGGAGCUGCGGCAGGAGAAAUUGCUGACCUUCCUGGACAAAGCAGUUCAGAAUCCCGAGUUUGUUGAACGCCUUGCUCAGAAGCUUGAAUCGAUGGAUCUUUCAUCAUAUAAUAAGAAGAGGCGACUCCCUCACGUUGAUGACUUCCCCCAGACAAUUCAGGAAAAUAUUUUUGUAGAUAAUCAAAGCUGCUCUAGGGCCGAGUUUGGGAACAUUUUUCAGCAAGACUCUUGCAAUAAGCUCAGGCUUGAGUUGUCACCUGCUGUUUCAGACAUCAACUUGCUUUCACACAGCACACAAAGCUCCAAUGAAGAUGGGGAAAGUCCUGAAGGGAGGAUGGAAGGAUGGUCCAAAGAUGUGCGCUCAAGGACUGGGGGUGUUUUAUGCGUCCCUGAAGAGUUAGACCUAUCAGAUUCAUCUUUGUCAUGUAAAGCAGGACCCGAAAGCCCAAAAUUUCAUUCCUUGCAGCGAUGUUUGAGUGCAUACGAUGAAGGUGAUGGCCUUACCCCCUGCCAACUAAAUCUCACUCUAGCAUCUUCUUCUUUGGAACCCGACAAAGGUAAAACCUCAGCUAGGAUAGCUCCCUCAGGUCAGGAAAUCAGUACCGAACCCAGGUUUAAUUUUCACCCAGAUAAUGAUCCCUCUUUGUCUUCACCACACAAGGGUCAUAAGGAGAAGCAAGUGCCAGCAACAGUCCAGAGUCGGGUGAAUGAUGUAUUCUGGGAACAAUUUUUAACUGAAAGACCAGGAUGUUCUGAUACUGAAGAGUCGAGCUCUGAGUUUAGGUUUAACUCUUACGAUGAACAGGAAGAGAAGAAACCUGUCCAGGUAAUAUCUAGAAAGACACAGGAUGUGGAGCAUCUCACUCUUGGAUAACCAUAGUUGCCUCUAGGCCUGCCACUAAUUCAAGGCUUCUCCCAGUGGUGUUGUGUGCUUUGCGGGAAAACUAAUAUAGGCCAUAUUGUUGUUGUGUGUUUAGCUAAAUAUUAUGACGAUAACCUGAUCAAAGAAGGUUAGAUGUGUAGAUUCAAUGAUCGUGAUUGUUCGAUGGAUUUAUAAUCCUUUAUAAUAUUGUUAUCCAAGUCCUUAAAACGCUAGUCCUAUAAACACUAGAAUAUGAUUUACUAUUAUAGAAAGUGUUAGCUGUGAUAUAAGAUUGCAACGAUUCUUCUCUACUAA